CAGGCGCUGGAUAAUUUUCCACUGUUGAUGUACAUUUUGGCAGCAAAGACGGUGCUGUUGUGUCUGGCCUUCGCCGGUGUCAAGAUUUACCAAAGUAAAAGGAUUGAAGCGAAGAUGAAGCAGGAACAGGUGGAACGACUCAAACGUUUAGCCGAGGAAGCGGAAAAAGAUGACACGGAUAAAAAAGAAGAUUGA